AUGGAAGAGAACCCGUGCAAGAUCCAGUCAGGAUUGGGAACAAACGAAUUGUCCACUCCAUUGAUACUUUUCCAUGAUGCAGGCGGCACUGUCUUCCCGUAUUUUUGCUUGGGUGAGCUUCAUCGGCCGCUUUACGGCAUCGGCAACACUCACUUCGAUCACGGAGGCAAAUGGGACCACGGCAUUCGUCAGAUGGGAGUUGUUUAUUCACACUUAGUUCGGUCGGCCAUCGGGUCCGGAGAGGUUAUCCUGGGAGGAUGGUCUCUCGGCGGCUGCGUUGCUUUGGAAGUUGCAUCUCGACUAAUGAAACUUCCCCAGUACACGGUGCAGGGUGUUAUCAUGAUCGACAGUGUCUUUCCGAUUGCCAAGGUCACAGACCAGUAUCCCCGCACGAUCGCUGAUGUUGCUGCCAGCUUCCAGCUACCGGCCCGAAUGUCCGAUGCCCGGCGGGUACAAGCGCAGCAAUGCAUUCUGUACGCUCACGAGAUGCAGCGUGAAUGGCGACCGCCACAAUUUUCAUCAGCUCUGCCUCCUGCAAUACUCAUACGCGCAGCUAAUCCGGUACAUCUUGACCCCGAGGCGGAGCCCCACUACAUCGAUCUCAUCCGGGACUGGCCAUACCUGGGAUGGGAGGAGUACGAUACGAGCUUCAUCAAAGCUUGCUUGGAGAUCCCAGGCAACCAUUUUACCAUAUUCGAUGACCAAAAUUGUUACCAAACAACAGCCAGAAUCCGGGAAGCUUGCGCAAUGUUGACUCGACCGCAGCAGCCAAAUCCCGAAUGA